UCCCGCCAAGGAAAGUCCCCUUUCACAUGCUAAUCCUGGGUUAUAAAUACAGCAGAGGAGCAGCGGAGCAGCAAGAGCCCUUCGGGAAAGGGAGCGACCCACUGCCCGAGCGCCUCCUUCCCAUCCACAUCUUCCCAGCGCCCAGAGCAGACAGGCUGGAUUAGAAUGACCGCCACAGCCACCACUGGCAGCACCCACAAGCUGGCCAACACCAAGGAGGAGAGGAAGUUAAGGAAACCCCUCAUUGAGAGGAAGAGAAGGGAAAGGAUUAAUAAUUGCUUGGACCAGCUGAAGGAGACUGUUGUGGGCGCAUUUCAUCUGGAUCAGUCUAAACUGGAAAAAGCAGAUAUCCUUGAAAUGACAGUGAAGCACCUCCAGAACAUCCAGAGCAGCAAGCUAAUGGCCGACUCCAAAGUAGGCCUGGAAGCCCAGCAGAGGUACAGCACAGGGUACAUCCAGUGCAUGCAUGAGGUGCACAACCUCCUCCUCACCUGUGAGUGGAUGGACAAGACCCUCGGGGCACGCCUCUUAAACCACCUGCUGAAAUCCUUACCCAGGUCUGGUGAAGAUACCUGCAAAACAGCAUUAAAGUCUUCAAGCCUGUCUCAGCAGCCUUUCCUGACACCAAAAAGCCCCGUGAGUCCGAAGGGGAACACUCGGGGCACAAACCCAUCACCGGAGCGCUUCUACCCCAUGGAGAACAGGCAGGCUUCAAAAAAUUCCUGCCAGGUGCCACCGGUUUUCAGCCAGAUUGAUGCUGUGCCUGCCAGACAGGUCCUGCAGCCAAAUUUUUCCCAUAACAACCCCAGAAUGGGGUCAUUAGAUAUGUGGAGACCAUGGUAAAGUGUGUUGUAAAAUGUUUAUCCUAACCUUAGACACUCUUAUGUUUGUAUCUUAUAGAUAUGCUGCUUUAAAACACUUGUGGAGCAAGUCUGUUCCUGUAGGUGUACUAAAGACCAGGGUACUUCAAGCCGAAGUAAACCUACGUGUAGCCUGCAUUGUAGAAGGCUGCCAUUAUUUUCUAUUUAUUUAAUACAUCUAAAUUAUUGUAUAGAGUCCUCUCAUACUCUUUAGUGGAUAGUAAUUAUAUAGCUUUCUUACACUGACAAAAUAAUUAGCUUCCUCUUAAUAAAAGUACAAGGCAACAAGCAAUGACCCUUUCUGGCAUUAUGCUUACCUCU